CUCUGCUGCAGCUGCUGCUCCCGGGAAUCACUCCUUUUCUCUUCUGACAGUUACCGGAGCUCUUUUGUUCUUUUUGGAACAGAAAGAAAAAGGCUGAUGAAGUCUUCUGCUGAGUGGAAACUAACACAAAACUAACUGAGUUUUUGAAUAUUUUGACUAUAUGCAGCUGAAAAAGAGUGCUGACCUGAACUGUCAUCUCACUGUGAGUAAGGAGGAAAGCAGCAGACCCGAGCAGAGGAUCUCCUCCCGCUCCUCAGUCCAUCUGUUUUUCUUUGCAUCAGAUCUCACUUUUACUAAAAGCUCCUGAAUGAAGCUUCAUUUCCCUUCCCUGACGGUUCGAGCGUGGGCUUUUUGCAGCCUCACGUCCUUCCUUACCUCUCGUGUCUCCGUCCAGCAGCAAUGCGUCGCCGCUGUGCGUAAAAACCAAACCCUCCCCCUCGUCUCCGAGACUAAACCUCCCCAAACCGGGCUGUGAAAAGGGACCACCGGCACCAACACUACUUUCUAUCCCCUGUUUGACUUUCUUUAAAGCGACCAGCAAACCACCAUGGAUGUGUUUAAGAGCCGGUUGUUGGGGAUUUCCGUGGCCGUUGCGCACGGCGUUUUCUCCGGCUCUCUGAACAUCUUGCUGAAGUUCCUCAUCAGUAAUUAUCACUUCAGCUUCCUGACGCUCAUCCAGCUCCUGACCAGCAGCACCGCGGCGCUCACUCUCGAGAUCCUCAGGCGGCUGGGGAAGGUCAAGAUCCCCCCAUUCAGCAUACAGCUGUCCAAGGAGUUUGGCCCGGUGUGUAUCCUCUCCACACUGCAGUCCACUCUCACUCUAUGGUCUCUGCGUGGCCUCAGCCUGCCCAUGUACGUCGUGUUCAAACGCUGCCUACCGCUCUUCACGCUUAGCAUCGGCGUGUGUGUGCUGAGGAACGGUGUGCCAUCUAUCGGCGUGGUGACUGCCGUGAUCAUCACCACCGCUGGAGCUGCAUUGGCUGGUGCUGGUGAUCUCACCGGCGAUCCCUUUGGUUACAUCACCGGCGUUUUGGCGGUCAUCAUCCAUGCGUCCUACCUGGUCCUGAUCCAGAAAACCAGUCUGGACAGCGAGUACGGACCGCUCACAGCGCAGUACGCUAUCGCCAUCAUGGCCUCACCGGUGCUUCUGGUGUGCUCCGUCAUCUCCUUGGACACCAUCAGCAUGUGGUCGUACGAGGGUUGGAAGGACCCCCACAUCACGGUCAUCUUCAUCUUCUGCGUCUUCAUCGGCUGCGCCAUGAACUUCACCACGUUGCACUGCACCUACAUCAACUCCGCUGUCACCACCAGCUUCGUUGGCGUGGUCAAAAGCAUCGCCACCAUCACUGUCGGCAUGCUGGCGUUCAAUGAUGUUGCGCCGACUAGGCUGUUCAUCGGCGGCGUGGUGGUCAACACAGUCGGCUCCAUCAUCUACUGCGUGGUCAAAUACUUUGAGACGAAGAAGAAGAGCUUGUACGAGGACCUGGAGGAGGCUGCAAAGGAUGGUGUGUUACCUGGCGAGCCUUACCAAGAGAAACCACCACUGAACGGCGACGGGCCUGCUGCUGGCACCGGAUCUGAUCCAGGAAAUCCGGAGAUAGAGGGAGUGUUGAGCAGUGACAGGAAGGAGGAGGCAGCGCCGGCUGGCUUGGCUAACGGAGAGUUGUGGACAGGAGAUGGUGGACAAGGAGAUGGAGAAGCAGGUGUAAAUUCCCACAUCAUGACGGAAAAGGAGGUGCUGGAGAUGCAGAGGGAACACCUCCAAAGGGAGAACACCACCUCCGGUCAGUCGGUUAGUGACAACUAUGUCGGGGUGUGGAGGUCCAUCAGACACCUGCAGUUUAUGAAGAAAGACCCUUUGCUUAAUAACAUGGAGCAGCAGAGUCCGUAAGGGCAGGACAGAGACCUGGACAGACCCUACAAAAUAUAACUGGGAAUGAAUUAGAGGAUAAAAAAGUCUUGAACAUGCUGAAGAAACCAGAGGAGAAGAAAAGGAGAAGGGCAGAAUAAUAAACAACAACAGACCAAAGCUCUGUGUCCACCGGGAACCUCUUUUAUUACCGUUAGCAGUGCUGAACAAAUGCUUGUUGGGAACAAUAGUCUGCUGCUGUUGCUGUGAUACCUCAAUGAAAGCCCACGCUUUUGUGCUAAAAGUUUGGCUUUGAGUGCAAAGAACAGGCUCUCAGUUUUGUUAAAAGCAGGAAACAGAAAUUCAUUUUCUUUGUUUAUGAAGAGGAUAAAAAGAGGUUCCUGGUGGAGAAAAGUGGAUGAAGAGUUUUGGGAGAAGCUGCCUGUCAGUGAUAAAUUCUGCCUCUUGUGUCUUUCAGCUCUGUGGCGUCCAGGGGGGACCAGGCCAGCCACGGUGUAGCAUGAUGCGGUUUGUGUCCCCACUGAUUAGCCAGCUAGCCAAACAAAAGCAGGUCUUGUAGAAAAAGAGUGCAAACUCAAAUAUCACAUCCAAUCAGGGAACAGCAAACAGCAGACAACUGAAAGUUUCUGUUUUGUUAUAUGAAACUCUGGAUGAAUUCUUGUUUCUGAUUGGCUGGAGGGUGUGAAUUAAAACCUUAAAUGCACACAUGGAUCAGAUCAUGUUUAUUCACUUGUAAAAGCAUGCGCUGGCCACUAAAUGAUACCUAAUCUACGGCUAUUGUCACACUGGGUUUGUUUGUUUGAGUCUGAAAAUGAAUUUGACUGUUUGUCUCCCUCUAACCCUGCGGGUCCACUGUCACACUUGUUUACUGUUGGUUUACCAUUUAUGUGUUUGCUUACUAUUAUAGACACGAAAUUAUGUCAGCGUCUGUUUUGACGUAUGCAGAGGAAAUGGAGUGAGAAAAACAAUAAUGUGGCGUGAUGUUGGGCUUCAAUUUAAUUAUCAGGUAUUUUAUCUUUCUUGUUUCCUUCCUAACACUGCAGUGGUGCCACUAAUAAAGUUAUCGUGACAUACAGAUAGUGGCACACCAAAAUUCAUCCGUGCAACCUCACAAAAUAGGUGGUGCUAGAAACUUGUUGGUCAACAGCACAAAUUCUCGUGUCAAAGUUCAUCAAAGUUGAACGCAGGUGGGAUAAUCGACUCGAAGGUGAAUGCUGUAGUUUCAGUUUUAUAUACCAAGGUUUGAGAUCUCUGCCGUUAAAACUUCUGCUGCCACCGUAACACAAAAAAUGACUUUUCAAAAACAGCAGCAAUGUGUCUUUACAGAAACAGUUUCUUGGUUACUCUGAAUAUUCCACAGAUCUGAGUGUGAACAGUUAUUACUAUUUUUUACCUCCAGUACAAAAUAGUUGCAGAUAAUUCCUGCCCACAGUGAGGUCUGUGUGGAGGCAUCCAACACAAAGCAGAAAGUGGUUGCCUCCUUUUUGUGCAUUUAAAUCCUUUAAUGUACACCGUGUCCAGGAUUAUCCCUUUCUUAUUCCUCUCUUAAUUCAUUACAGACAGCUUGAGAAAAGGUCUGGAUAGGUGGUUGAAGGAAAGGUUGCUGGGAUCAACUAUUGUGUAACCAGUUUACAGCUUUGGGUAGAUUUGAAAACAAGCCUGUCAAUGUUGGAAAGUAUUGUUUGUAAUCUGCUCUGACUUUAAAGGUGGAAUCAGCAAUUUGUGAUAAAUAAAUCUUUCAAAAAGUUAUUAUCCCUUAAUUAAUUCCUGUUAAUCUGAAGGUGAUGAAAUGGUAUCUUUACUUCCUAAAUGCGAUGCAGCUGAAACAGGAAGCUGGGGCGGGACAAACGACAUAAGUGAAGCAUCAUUGUUCCGUAAACCAACAGGAUAUCAGUUAAAGAGAGAGAGAGCAGCGUAAUUUAUAGUGUGGGAUCUCUUUAAGGAGUUAGAAAUUUUAGGAAACAUGCUGUGAUAGUGUUUUUCCACCAAAUUAGUUCUGGUUCUUGAACCGGUUCCGUUCAAGAUUCUUGGAACCUUGGUACUAUCUAGCGAACCAGCCCAUGUUUCCACCAGUUUUGAGCAGAACCAUUGUAAUCAAGGAUGCGUCAUCAACAGGGGGCAUUGCACAAUGCACAACGAUCUGUAGAAUAUGAUACACCCACUUCGGUUCGCAAGGAAAACCUGUUAUUUUUUGGUUCCAGCUGGGAACCAACUUUUCGGGUUCCAAACCAAUUUAUUUUUGGUCGAAAUGCUCCUGAUAGUUCAAAAUUAGGUGAGCGAACCAGAACUGAGUCGGUUCCAUGUUGGUGGAAAAGGCCUAAAAGUGAGAUGUUCAAAUGGAUACCACACUCAUGACUGUACAGAAGUGGUUAGCUUAGCAUAAAGGUUAGAAGCAGGGGGAAACAGCUAGCCUGGCUCUGUCUAAUUAAAGUUCAAAAAUACACCGCUAAAGCUCUUGACUUCCUGGAAGCUUGUCAUCACAGUGCGGUUGCCAGGCAACCUUUGCCAAGAAAUAUUUCCAGAACGUAACUACCCAUAAAACCACGACUUCUUGUUUUAACAGCUCUGUUUGUGUACCAAUACAAAAAACAAGAUUAGGGCUGCAACUAACAAUUAUUAGUUAAUUAUUCGAUUAGUAUCGAUUAAUCUUCAGAUUAUUUUCUAGAUUAAUCGUUUGGACUAUAAAAUGUCAAAAAAAGUGAAGCGUGUCCAUCACAGUUUCCUUAAGCCCAGGGUGACGUCUUCAAAUGUUAUGUUUUGUGUGACAAAAAGUCAAUAGAUAUUCAAUUUGCUAUCACAUAGAAACAGAAAAGCAGCAAACCCGCUCAAUUGAGAAGCUGGAACAGGAGAAUAUUUGGCAUUUUGGUUUGAUAAAUGAUUUGACCGAAUUAUCGAAAAAGUCAGAUUUUUUUGUCGUUGACAGACUAAUCUUCAAAUCGCUGCAGCUCUAAACGAGAUACAUCAGCGUUUAUUAGUUCAUAUAAUAAUACUGAAAAUGUUGAGAACUGUCAAGAAAUCCAUUAAACAGUUCCUGGAUCGUCACCAGAAAUGGGUGAACUUUCCACCAAAUUUGAGUUUUAAGAUUUCCUACCGGACAGAAAAGAUUUUGUCCCAGGUGAAUAUACUUCAAAUCUGUUUAUAAUCCAAUGCAAACCUGUAAGACAGGUGAGUAGGAGACUGAAACUGAGACUACAUUUAGUAAAGAAGCAGCUAAGUUUCAGUUCUAGACCUUAGUCAGGCAUUUAACAAAAAAUACAAUAAGCAGCAUCUUUAUACUAUAGGCUCAGGUGGAGCGACAGAUCUUUGGAUGCGUGUCAUUUGAUACCUGUAGCAAAGACUGAAUGCAUCAUACAGACAGAAAAGGUUGUCAGGGUACAGAGGCCAGUCCAGGAAGAGAAUUUGAUUAAAUUGCUGCUUUUCUAGAGAGCUGAUACGGAUCAGUGUUUGGAAAUAGGACAAUGGUUUAUGUCAAGACCUCGCCGGUGUGUGGGCUUUAAGAAAGAAAACAAUGCGAGCGUUUUCACUUAAAUUAUAUCCCACUGGAGAGUGUUGCUCAAAUCACAAAUGGAGCUAAAUGAAAGUUCCUUAAAAUCAGGAAAUAUCGAAGGAAACUCAUCAAGCAUUCUUUUGAUAAUAGACCCCUGUUUGCUAGACACAGUGUGGUCUGUGCUUAAAAGUAUUGAGGUUUGAUGCGUAGCCCUGAUUGUCUGCUUUCCCCUAACAUCCAGUCAGGGUACAUAUACUUACUGUGGUUUGGUUGGUAAAUAUGUUGUAACCAAUCCUGACCCGCAUGUAACUGAUCAUUUCUACAGUCCUCCUGCUUCUGUCUUCAGCCUUUUGAUUUCUGCAUUUAACUCCAAACUGGAAACAUUUAUCUCCUCUCCUUCCCACAAAGAAAAAGCUACAGGCAUCUUGAAUUGUGUGGAGAGAAAAAGCUGUCAACCAGUGAUAUUGAUUGAUAUUGAUUUUUCUUUUCACAGUUCCCAAACUUCAUUUAACGGUACAAAAGAUCUGAUGUCCCCUCAAGCUGCAGCAAACAGGGCGUGGGCUGUUUGCAGCAGCCUGGUUUAGAUGUGUAUAGUGGUUAAAGCAUGACGUGUGACUUGUUUGGUGUUUCAGGUAUGUUUGUGGGUGAUAAUGAGUCAAUGGGCACCACCAUGGUAAACUGAUAUGUAAUGUUUCACUGUAAUCGUCGGGCUUUUGGACAUUGUGACUGAGGUGAAGCCUCACUGAAGGGAAAACAUGAAUAAUGACUUGUGAAACUGAAUGACUUUCAUCACUGCUUUUAGACUUUUUGUGUACGUGACAAAUGUAUUUAAAAUGUUUAUUUUUUUCCUUCUUACAUCCAAAGAAUCACUGCAAAAACCUGCUGAAGCAGCCUGGACGUUGACACAAGUUGAAAUGGACAAAAAACAAAAUCAAGUACAAAUUAUAUUCAAAUGAUAUGAGUUUCUUACGAGGCAGCUGACAUCAAAUCAUUCUUCAGUUUGCAUUGUCCUGCAUUCAGUCUGCAUAUUGUAGACACUCCUUUCUUGAAUAAUAUAAGUGCAUUAGAGCCAGAUUAGUUUAUUGUAGGUCACAUCGGCCACAGCAUUUGUUCAAUCUACCAAAACAUAUCUAAAACAGAGAAAAUUAGCAUUUAGCUUCAUUCUACACUUCCACAACUUCCUAUUAAUUUCCAACAAUAUUUCCUGGAAAGAAGCAUGAAAGUUGGUACCAAUAAUAGGGAAAAUGGAGAGUCCAGUUGGUACACUUCCACUUAAUUAAUUCCAAUUAAUUGCUGCCAAAACCUCUUUCUUUCUGAGUCUUUUGAUCCACGCACAGCAGGUCAGCUGAACAUGCAAAAAUGUAGAAUGUCACAGUUCUUUCCAGGAAUCUUCCUAGAAAUUAUUAUGAGAGUUACUGUUGAAAAUAUGUGUGCAGAAGAAGUUCUUUGCAGUAAAAUGCAGAACUUGUCCAACUGGUGCAUCUGCAUGUUUGUCUUUCUGUCAGUGUUAUUGUCUGUUCUUCGGUCUGUGCAUUUGUUUCUCUGUCUGUAAAACUAAUUUGAGCUCCAGCGAAUGUACUGUACACAAACUGUCACUUCACGUCAUUUUAGUCGGGAACACGGUGACAAAGACAUUUUUUGAAAAGCAGUUAUCAUUUCUCAAGAUGGACACAGCAGCAUGUUGGAAGAGUGGCGAGUAAAUAAACAGCCUGAAACUUUGUGAGAUGAGCAGAUGUGUUUACAGACGAGAUGACACGUGUUGUCUUUCUACAAGACGUUUUCAUGUUUUGUUGACCAAAAUAAAGCUGAAAAUAAACGAAAAAUGAAUAAAUCAAAAGUCUCUCUACUGCGAUUUGCAACUUGAUUUACAAAAUUAGCAGCCUUGAUCUUUUCUUGGUGUAUGGACGAAUCGUUUUUAUCAUGUCAAAGUACUGUACGUGCUCAUUUCACAGAAUGUUUCCAGGCUGUGUAGAAAACAAUGCUUAAUUUCUGAGUUUUUAAAGAAUACCAUGCACAAAAGCAAUAAUACUGCAGUGUUAAUUUAUGUAAUCACUUUUCCAACAUGGUGGAAUCUCCCUUGAAAAUGUCACUAACAUAUCUGUAAACGUGUUGAGACAGGCUUUGUUUUAUCCAGUGACACCUGCUCCUCAAAUGGACUUGGAUACAACAUCUAGCAAAUGUAUUUUGUGAGUGGCUUAUCUGUUCCCCAUACUUUCCCCCUGGUUGUUGAAUUGUGUUGUUAAAGUUUCAAAAAAGCCUGUUUUACCCAAAGGAGUGAUUUCAGAGCUAAUGCUGAAGCUAGGUUACAUCAACUCUACGCUUCUGCAUGCAAGGAGAUUUGGCCUCUUAGGAGUUAAAUCGUGUGGCAAUUUGGCAAAAUGAAGAAAAAGGAAAACUACGCUAAAUAACGUGUUUAAAGAAGAUGUUUUAUAAAAAGUUUACACUUAAUUGCCAUUCAUAACGUGUGCAUGUUUCUAUCACGGUUAGCUACAUUGAAGAGGGUGUUUUGAUGCAUGUCUAACAGCACUUAGCUUUAGUGUUAGCUCUCAGCUCACUAAAGCUGUGUUAUGGUAAAACUAGUGGCUGUUUUGGAUCUUUAACCGUGGCGCUGCAUGACACGAAGACCAAGAAGAAAGGUGAAAUUUUGGGCUACAGUCACAAAAUAGAUUUAACAUAUGAAGUUACGGUAGCUGUCACUGGCGCUCUGGAGCAGCUGGUCAAAAUCAACACAUGUAUCUAUAGAGCAACAGUGAAACCUGCAGGGAUGCUAAUCUGCUAAUGCGCUAAUUUUUACAAGACAAAGGUUAAAUGUUUUCUACUGAACCGUCAGGUAUAUUGACGGCUUGUUAUUGACGCGAUGCGGUCAGUGGGAGUAGUUCACUGUGCAUUCAUGCUAACAAGGCCCACCCACACGCACACAUUUGCACUGUACUUGUGAGGACCAUUGACAUAAUGCAGUCCCUAACCAAAACCAUCAAAACUACAUGCCACACCCCAAUCCUUAUUCUAACCCUAACCCAGAUUUAACACAGGCAGUGGCAGUGGACUAUAGUCUAAUGUCUGUAAACUCAAAAUAAUAGUUUGUUAAUUCAUUUAAAGUUAUUUGGAGAAAAUAUAAACAUUUAAAAUUAGGCAUUGUAACACAUUUUAAUGCAGUUAGGAUUCUUUGAGAUUAUCCAAAUUCAGGAAAUGUGGUCUAGUGCAAACUGUCGGACACUGCUUCAUUACAUUUCUAGUGUUGGAGCUUCUGAAUUUUGGAAGUUCUGGCCUUUAAAUCUAUAUAAUGAUUUGAAUUGUGGGUGGAAGUAAACAAUUAAACCAUUACUGCAGUGGCAUCUAAAUCCAAGCAAUAACACUAAUAUAUGGAAAGGAUUUAACUUGUGACCAGUUUUUCUUAGAAACAGGUCUAGGAGAUUAUGUAGAACCUGUUGCAUACUAAUUGAAAUGCAACUGAAAUAAAUGUUGUAUUCUAAAAAACAAACUUAUUAAUUAAUGAUAUGAAUAUAGUACAUUUUAUAUUUUUUUUUAAAUCAGUCGGCAGAGUAGUCUGUAUCUGCGAUUCAUUUGCUUUCUAAAAACAACCUCCCACCAAAAAAUAAAAAGAAGGGGUCCAAAAAUAAAUUUCCAGAUUCCCAGUUAAAAAAGGUUAGUUUUUACGCCAACAUUUAUGUAAUUGUAACGUUAACUUUAUAGCAAAGUUUUAACCCUCAAACAUAAUUUUGAAGAAGUGAGGGCCGUACAAAAUGUCCUCACUCUCAAGGUCUAAAAAUUGGUCCUCACAAAUAGAGUACAAGAGUACACACACACACAGAGGCACCGUAAAGUGGAUAUUAAAUUAUUUCGCGGGGCGUUAACUUGCAGAGGCAUACAAGCUACGAAACUCCCAGGUUGGUUUUUAUUGGUACGAUGAUUUUUUUUGUUUUUGUUUAUUUAUUUGCAUGUGAAGUUAUUGCCCGUGUUCUGAGUCUGUAUUGUUCCUGAGAAGAAAAAAAAUGUCUGACUGGUGAAGUGAAAGGACCAUCUGCUCUUCAAUUUGCAUGUUCAUUACAAAGUCAAUUGAAAAUCUUUUUUUUUUUAUAAAGAAAUCUCUCAGUGGGA